CAUCUUACAUUUCAUGAUUAUUUUGACAGUGUUUUUCUUUUACAUGUGUGUCAGUUGUAGAUAUUUUUUUAUUUACCUAACUUUAUUCCUCUGCCAUUACCAUCUGGAAAAGAAGAAUAAAAAGCUUAUGUAACUCCCACCCAACAAUAGAACAUGCCAUACCACAUGUUCUUCCUUGUGCUAAGACUUUACGGUUUCACUCAACCUUUUGUUUAAAUCUUGCUUAAGAUCUCAUUCAUCUUCUUCUCUGGUUAUGUUCUUCUUUCUUUUUGGUUCUUGCAUUUGAUAUUCUUCUGACUCUUUGCUUUGGUAUUUAAUUUUCACAUUCAUUUUUAUCAGAAUUUGCUCUGAUUGGAUUAUUUUGUUUUUUUUUUCUUAUCCUGUCAGAUGGAUGAUAAUAGGGAAAAUGCAUCUUGAGAUUCAGAUUUAGUCAUAUCUACAGAGAUUGGUUUUUUGUUGUUGCUCUUUUGUUUUUUUUUUUUUGAUUAAGAGCAACAAUCAUGUCCAUGGGAGAUGAAAAACAGUGUUGUGAGAUGAAGAACAAAAUAAUGCUUUUUGGGUUGCUGAUUAGGAGAAUCUUUGAUGAAGAGAAGGGUAAGCUUCUUCAGAGGCUAGAGGAUGCCAACAGUGAGAUUACAGAGUUGAAGAAACUGAGAAAAGAAGAUGCAAAAGCUAACGAGAAGGUAGUUAGCAUAAUCGCGUCUCAGAAACAGAACUGGUUGAAGGAGAAGUACAGACUAAGGCUGCAGGUUGAAGCUCUGAUGAGGGAGCUAAGGAACAUGGAGAAGAGGAAGAGAACAAGCUUAACUGAGUUGCAAGAAAGGUUAAAAGAAAAGGACGGUUUAUUGCAAUCCAAAGAUAAGGAAAUUGAGGAAGAGAAGCGCAAAUGCCAAGAGAUAGAGGAGAAGCUGGUCAAGGCAGAAAAAGAAGUUGAAGAUUUGAGGGAAAAGAAAGAGAGAGAUGUGCAAGAACAUUCCUCUGAGCUAUGGAGGCAAAAGAAGACAUUCCUUGAGCUUGCUUCUAGCCAGAGACAACUUGAAGCUGAGCUGAGUCGUGCAAAUAAGCAAAUCGAUGCUAAGAGACAUGAACUUGAAGACUUGUCCUUAGAAAUGGCUAAGAUGAGGAAAGAUUUGGAAGCAAAAGAUCGGAUAUUGGCAGUGAUGUUGAAGAAGUCAAAACUGGAUAUAGCAGAGAUGCAUACAUUGCUUAUGGAGGCUAAAAUGAAGCAAGAUGAAGACGAAGCAAAGAGUUGGAGAUCAAACUCGAAGUCAAGACGGUCACUAAGAAGCAUGUUUGCUUUUGAAACCACAAGUAAGCCUAAAACCAACAGUGUUGGCUCCAUUGAUGAACAUCUGGAAUGGAAUAAAGAUCCUGAUGUCAUCCCAGAGAUCAUGGAUUCCUACUCUAAUGAUGAUUUCAGUGAACUUGGAGUCCAUGGAAUUGCAAAGAAGCGUGAGAAUAUGAGUUUUGGUGAGGAAGAUUUUUGUAUUAGAGUGAUAGGGAAGAAGCAAGAGAUAGAGUUAGGGGGUUUGCCAGAGCAUGAAAAGAUUGAAGCUCUGUGUUUGCAUUUGAUGAACUCUGAGUUAGAAUCAAACCGGUUGAGAUCUUGUAUAGAAGGACAGAACCAAGAAAUGUCACAGUUGAGACACAACAAGGAAGGCCUUGUAAGUCAAAGAGGGGAAGAAUCUGUUGCCAUGAGGAAACAACAUUUCAAGACACAGCUAAAAAGCUUGAUGUCCCACAAGAACAGCACGAGUUAUAGGAGAAAGAACACAAAAGCAGAAGAAGUACAAGUGCAAGAAAGAGUAUUUGGAUCAAAGGAAGGUUCUAAGGAACAUGCGACCGAGAAAGGAAGGGAAUCAUACUCCCCUGAUGAACUGAGACAUUUAACUUUGAAAGCGGCUCAAUCUGAUGCUGAAGAAGAAUCUGAAAAGGACACUCUCUUGCAAGAAGAUCAGUUUACCAGAAGAGAAAAAGCAGGUGGUAAGGAGAGUGAAAGCCAGCCAUCAAGCACAAACAAUCCACCUUGGAGAAUGGAUCUUCAUGCUCUUGGAGUCUCAUUCAAGAUCAAAAGGCUUAGACAACAGCUGAUGAUGCUUGAAAGAUAUAUUGGCAAACAAGAGAGCCAAGAGAUCGACAAGAGCAGCAGCAGUGAUACCGGGAAAAGGGCUUUGUUAUUGCUCAUUACACUGCUCAACAAACAAGUUACUAGGUAUCAAUCACUUCAGGAGAAGAUUGAUGGUAUCUGCAAAAAAAUGCAUGUGAAUGAUACAGAAAAGACAUCACUAGAGCAUUUCUUAGAUGAGACAUUUCAGCUGCAAAGAUACAUAGUGGCAACAGGACAGAAACUAAUGGAAAUUCAGUCCAAGAUCACUUCUGGGUUUGUAGAGGUUCUAGUAGGCUUCAUCACUACAGAGUCCUCAUCUACUAGUAGCAGCUUUGAUCCAGAACGUUUUGUAGAAAGCAUUAGAACUCUGUUUCAGGAAGUGCAGAGAGGGCUUGAGGUUAGGAUAUCUCGAAUCAUAGGUGAUCUUGGAGGGACACUUGCACGUGAGGGAAUGAUACAUUUGAAACGACGGGAGGACGGCGUCCAACGACUAUGAGUAGCUCUUCUCAAGGUUAAUGAGAACCCUUUUAGGUUUUGUAUAUAGAAAUCACUUAUAUAUACAGGAAGAAUUGGCGCUGUGUUUAAACUCUGAAAACUCUUAAGCUCUCCCCCAAAUGAUUUGUUUUUCAGCUGUAGUCUCAGUUAAGAUUUGGAAAACAAACAUUGUUUAUUCGAUAUACUUGUACGUUCUUACCCCAUAUUGUAAAAUCAUUACUGAGUU